UCUCUCUCUCUCUCUCUCUCUCACACACAGCACGCACACACGGAGAGAAAACCUCUCAUAUAUAUUCUCUAACUGCUUAUUAUCUACCAAAAACACACCUUCCCCCCUUCACCACUGCGCCGGAAAAAAAAAACAAAAAAACAAAAAAAAAAAGAAAAAAGAAAAAAAAAAUGUCGGACUUGAGUUUUCUCUUCGUUCCAUCAGCGUCUGGUUACACCUCCACAGUGUGUUCCUUCCAAUUCUCGCUGUGCUUCCUCCUCUUCGUCGCAGCGUUCGCCUUCUGGCUGACGCCGGGCGGGCUUGCAUGGGUCCUCUCCAGGGCCCAAGCCCGACCAGCGAACGCCAUUCCCGGGCCGUCGGGCCUUCCUCUUCUGGGUUUGCUUCUCACCUUCACUCACUCACUCACCCACAGAAUCCUCUCCGACCUCUCCAAUAAAUUCGGAGCCAAACCCCUGAUGGCGUUCUCCGUCGGGCUCACGCGCUUCGUCGUUUCGAGCACCCCGGAAACCGCUAGAGAAAUCCUGAACAGCUCCGCCUUCGCCGACCGGCCGGUGAAAGAGUCGGCGUACGAGCUCCUCUUCCACAGAGCAAUGGGUUUCGCGCCGUACGGAGACUACUGGAGGAACCUGCGUCGGAUUUCCGCCGCCCAUUUGUUCAGUCCGAGGAGGGUGGCACUUUUCGGUAAUUUCAGGAGAGAGAUCGGUCUGAAGAUGGCGGACGAAAUCGCGUCGAAAAUGGCGGAAAGCAACCGUGGGUUGAUACAGGUGAAAAACGUGCUCCAUUUUGGGUCGCUGAAUAAUGUGAUGAUGAGCGUGUUCGGGAAAUGCUACGAUUUUAGCGACGAAAAUAGCGACGGGGUUGUGCUGGAAGGGUUGGUUAGAGAAGGGUACGAGUUGCUGGGAAUAUUCAAUUAUAGCGACCAUUUCCCAUUUCUUGGGUGGCUGGAUUUGCAGGGUGUGAGGAGGAGAAGUAAAAUAUUGGUCGCUAAAGUGAACAAUUUUGUUGGUAAAAUAAUAGAUGAGCACAGACUCAAAAGAGGGCGACCAAUUUGUGACAAAGAAGACGACGAUUGUGAUUUUGUUGAUGUGUUGCUUGAUUUGGAGAAGAAGGAGAAAGGGCUGUCUGAUUCUGACAUGAUUGCUGUUCUAUGGGAAAUGAUCUUUAGAGGGACCGACACUGUAGCAAUUCUCCUAGAAUGGAUUCUUGCAAGAAUGAUCCUUCACCCCGAAAUUCAAUCCAAGGCUCAACAAGAAAUCGACCGCGUAAUUCGAAAAACCGACGCAACAAUUUCCGAUUCCGACCUCCAAAGCCUCCCUUACAUCCAAGCCAUAGUUAAGGAGACACUAAGGAUGCACCCACCGGGCCCACUACUCUCGUGGGCCCGCCUCGCCGUCCACGACGUUCAAGUGGGCCCACACUUCGUUCCAGCUGGCACGACGGCCAUGGUCAACAUGUGGGCCAUAGCCCACGAUGAAAAGGUAUGGCCCGAGCCCGAAAUAUUCAGGCCCGAAAGGUUUCUUGAGGAAGAAGUUUCCAUCAUGGGGGGCGAUCUCAGGUUGGCCCCCUUUGGCUCGGGGCGGAGGGUGUGCCCCGGUAAGAAUAUGGGCAUUGCCACCGUCCAGCUUUGGCUAGCUCAGUUGCUUCACAAAUUUACAUGGACUAGCGCUUCGAAUGAUAAUUAUGGAGUCGAUUUAUCGGAAUGCUUGAAAUUGUCGUUGGAAAUGAAGCAGCCGUUGGUCUGCAAAGCGAUUCCUAGGUUUUCUUGAAGAAAUUUUUAAGGCUCUCUCGUGAUUGUUUUUUUGUUUGUUUGUUUUUUUGUUUUUUUGGGAUGUUUUAUUUGGUGGAUUUGUAAUUAAGUACUAAUGUGGAGGUUUAACUUUACUAGGAAAAGUAGAAUGAAAAUAUAGAUCAAUUAAAAAAAAAUUGUCAUCCUAGGAAUUUGUUUGGCUUUGUGGGAAGGUUAUGUGAGAGUUUGAGACAGCUUUCGUUGGGGGAUCAAAAAACAAGUGUUGAGGUUGUUUUGACAAAAUGACAAAUUUGUUGCUUGGUUUUAUUUGUCAAAAUCUUUUAGGUUUGGAUUUGUUUGCAGUUGGCAAGAAUGAUAAUUUAUUUUAGAUUUGU